AUGACGGGGGCGGGGCCUCAAGGGGGCGGGCCGGGCCGAGCGCAGCUGAGCCGCGAGUUCCAGGCGCGACAGGUGCGCGGAGCCGCUCGCGGCCGCAGGUAUUUCUCCGUUCACGAGAUGGAGCCCUCGCCGUUUAAAAGAAGACAAUGGACUUCACAGUCGCUAAGGAUCACUGCCAAAGAGCUUUCUCUAGUCAACAAGAACAAGUCAUCAGCUCUCGUGGAGAGGUUCUCCAAGUACCAGAAGGCAGCUGAAGAAGCUACCACAGAAAAAAAAAGAAAUACCACAGACAGUCUUCCCCUUCAUUUUAAAAGGGGGAGCCUGAGCGUGUUAAAGAAGAAGUGGGAGAAUCCAGUGUUGGGAGCCGAGUCUCGGAAGGAAGCUCUGCGAAGCAGCUGUGCUGAGGGUAGGCAGAAGGUCGCCAGCCCCAGUGUCGGAGCCGAAAGCCGCCCGGCUUCUCUAGCAGAAGCUGAUCACGUCUCAGGGGUCAGUGCUAGAUCUCAACUCCAGUCCCCUUCUGGAGCCUUUGGCCAGGCGCGGUGUCCCGGUGUUGAUAGCGAAGAUCUUAAAAGCCACUCGCCGGAGAGUGAUAACAUGGAAAAUUGUCUAAGAGAAUCCAGACAAGAAGUAGGAAAGCCCGAGGCCAGUGAAAACCCAGACUCUUCAGGGAAGAUAGAGAAAUAUAGCGUCCCGCUAAACAAGCUAAAGAUGAUGUUUGAGAAAGGGGACGCAACUCAGAUCAAGAUUCCUCGGGACCAGACCAAGACUACGGGUGGCAGGAGGAUCUCUGAAAACAGCUUCUCUUCUGAGGACCUUGAUACCGGUUCUGGUGAGAGAAGCCGUAGCACUUCAGGGCACCUAAUGUGCAGCUCCCCGACAUUCAGCUCGGAGAGCCGAAGAACGCUGGAGAUGCCUCGCCUAACAGAAACAUCAAUAAAGGAUAGACUGGCAAAGUACCAGGCAGCCGUGUCCAAGCAAGGGAGUCCCACUAGCCUCGCGAAUGAGCCUCGAGUCAGUGAAAGUGAGCUCCAGGACAAAUCGGAGCAGAAGGAGAAUAUGCCGCCAAGCUCUGUGGACUCCAUUUCCUAUCAGGAUGGGGAGAAGGUUCCUUUAGGGGAGAACAGUCUGAAUUUCCACACUCACCUUUCUGAAGAUGGAACCAUUGAACUCAAUUCACAGAUGGGGAUGGAAACCCAGAGACCUGUCUGCGCAAAACAGCCAGCCUCCGAUAUGAAACCACUCAGCCAAACGGAUGCCUCUCCACCAAAAGCUGUGAAGAAGUUUCAGUUGCCAGUGAAGGAGACUUGCGUUGGGUGUCAGAAGACGGUGUACCCAAUGGAGCGCCUCUUUGCCAACCAGCAGGUGUUUCAUAUCAGCUGCUUCCGCUGUUCAUACUGCAACAGUAAACUCAGUCUUGGAACUUAUGCAUCUCUCCACGGGAGCAUUUACUGCAAGCCUCACUUCAAUCAGCUUUUCAAAGCCAAAGGCAACUACGAUGAGGGGUUUGGGCACAAACAGCACAAAGAGCUAUGGAUGAGCAAAAUGGAAAAUGAAGAAGAAUCCAUGGAGAAAUCUGCCCAGACCACCUGUACGACAGACGUCCCUAAAAGUCCAGGCGUAGAAGAUGCCCCCAUUGCAAAGGUGGGAAUUCUGGCAGCAAACAUGGAAGCAAGAGCUGCAGUUUUGCCUGAAAGAGAAGAGAAACCUGCAGAAACAAAGAAACUAAGGAUUGCCUGGCCACCACCAUCUGAACUAGGGAGUCAAGGAAGUGCUGUAGAAGAAGGGAUCAAGGUGUUCAAGCCAAAGUGGCCUCCAGAAGAGGAGGUCUCCAAGCCCGAUGUUCAGGAGGCUGAGGACUUGGAUCUCAAAAAGUUACGGAGAACUUCCUCCCUGAAGGAAAGAAGCCGACCCUUUACGGUAGCUGCCUCAUUUAGAACGAUGUCUGUUAAGGGAACCAAAAUGGAGCAUGCGUCUUCUUCCAAGGCAGACAGGGGCAUGUUCAAAAAAAGCCAGGAACUAGAGAAGGAGGUAGAGGUAGAAAAAAAGCAAACUGUCCAUAAUGCUGAAGAGAAGAAUAAGGACCUGGAGGCAGAGAGGGAAAGGCAAGCUCCUGGCAUUAAGGCAGAAGGGGAAGAAAACUUGGAGAACAGCCAGGUGAACACAGUGACAGAUGAAGAGGAAGAAAAUGCUGCUGAAGUGCAACCAGCUCCAAACAAUGAACUGCUUGCCCCAAGUUCUCCUGAACGCUCCAGCUUGGUGAAUGUGGUGACUUCUAAGGAAUUAUCUCCUGGUCAGAAUCGCAAAUCUCAGGAUGUCGGGUUCUGGGAAGAGGAAGAGGCGGAAGAACUAUCCGUGGAGGAACAGAUCAAAAGGAAUCGAUACUAUGAGGACGAAGAUGAAGAUGAAUAAAUUGGCCUUUCACUGGCAAAGUUGCUGCAAGGUGUUUGGCCUUAAAUUGGUGUUUUAGCUUUAACAAGCAGCUGCCCUCUGUGAAAGUGAUCCUCUCUGCACAUUGAUCCAUAAGGGAACCACAGAACAUGCGGAGGUCUUGGAGUACAGUGGAAACCUGCAAAAGCCAUAUGUAUCUAAAUUAAAACGUACAUAAUCCCUUGUUGUGGGAUAGUUUUCCCAAUUCUCAGCACGGGAACAAAGAUCCACUCUGUACCCUGAUUAUCCUCAUUGUCAUCUUCUGUGCUUGGGUACUUUAUUCCACCAAUGAUGAUUUGCAGGACUUCACUGUACUCCCAGUGGUGGCAUUUAAAAACCAAACUUCUCUUUUAAUACACUACUCUUGCCACUGUGAAUGCUAUUGCAAUACUUGGGGACCAAUUUCAAAGGAACUUUCAGGCCUGCUUUUAAAAUGGUGACUGAAUGCACUUUAAUUCAUGUAAAGGGCACAGCUGGGAUAUUUUUAUAAUGAAAACACUAAUUGUUUUGUGCUUAAUAUCUAGCAACUUAAGUCUCAUACAGAAGUGCACAGAAUACAACAGGAUGAUUCUUUCUAUUGUCUAACUCGCUUGCUCUUGAUCCAUGCAAAAAUUCCUGUUUUGCACUCUGUUUUUCUCUGCAAGCCUCAUUUAUUUUCCAAACUGGAAUGAAGGUGUACCAGAGCCCUCUGGCUAGCAAAUGCACCAGCACACCCACUUCUGGGAUAGAAGUAUUACAGCCAGUGUCUGAAGCAGUGCUGACAACUGGGGCUCACGAGGACAACCCAUCUCUGUCGCAGCAACUUGCAGGCCAUUACUCUUGCAUUCCAUAUGUUUCAGAGGUGAAAUGUUUUAUUUCUUAGACUUUCUUUACCACUCUGAGUUACUUAAAGUUGCAAAUACUGUUUGUAAGGCCUUUCAAUAAUUGCAUUCUCCUGAUACUGAACUGCCAGAGAGAUUUUUUUUUUUUUUUUAAUGGUUACAUCUGUGAGAUUUAUGCUGCAUACAAAAUCUGUGGGAUCCUAAAACUAGAACAGUGAGAUUUUUCUUUUUUCCAUAGGACUUGUUUCUAGCAUUGAAGUUUUUAGUACAUUUUAAACGACUGCAUUUUAUGCUACAAACAAUGGUAUUCAAACUGGGAGGGUUAUUUCUAUAGUAACUUUUCUUUGUACUGUAUUAAUUUGAAAAUUAGCUCUAAUUAUAUUUUAGAGGUGUAAAAUAUUCUGCUUUCUUACCAAACCUUCUAAGUAUGAAACCAUUUUUAUUCAAUAAAGCUUUUUCAUUUAUGUUUAA